AUGAAGCAGGACUUCAGACUGAGGAGUAACCAUGGUAACACUGUCUCCUCAGUGGUGGACCGGCAGGGCUGCGACCCCAGCACUCGUUUCCUGGUUCCCCCCCGGAGCGUCCACUGGGUGGCGCUGCUGCAGAGAGGCAACUGCACCUUCAAAGAGAAGAUCCUGAAGGCGGCCGCCUACAACGCCACGGCCGUCCUCAUCUACAACAACUCCACUGACAAGACCGUCAAGAUGGGACACGAAGGUACUGGUGACACGGUGGCAGUGAUGAUCACUGAGGCGUACGGUAAGGAGAUCCUGGCUCACCUGGAGCGGAACCUGACGGUCCUGGUCUCUGUGGUGGUGGGUCAACGUGGUCCCACCAAAAACAUCAACCGAGGCUCGCUGGUCUUCGUCUCCAUCUCCUUCAUCGUCCUCAUGAUCAUCUCGUCAGCCUGGCUCAUCUUCUACUUCAUCCAGAAGAUCCGCUACACCAGCGCCCGCGACCGCAGCCAGCGACGUCUCGGCGAUGCAGCAAAAAAAGCGAUCGGGAAGUUGACCACGAGGACGGUGAAGAAAGGAGACAAGGAAACUGAUCCAGACUUCAACCACUGUGCGGUGUGUAUCGAAGCGUACCAGCUGAAUGAUGUGGUUCGAAUCCUGCCCUGCAAACACGUCUUCCAUAAAGUGUGUGUGGACCCCUGGCUGAACGAACACUGCACCUGUCCAAUGUGCAAACUGAACAUCCUGAAAGCUCUGGGAAUCAUGACCAGUCUUCCUUGUGUGGACAGCGUGGUGUUGGACGUGGAGCGUCUGGGUGUCGGUCAGGCGUCUGGCAGCCAGAGGGCGCCGCUGGGCGACAGCAACCAGCCGUCCAUCAGCCUGGAGCCGCUCAGCCCCCCCCACCCUGAGGCCACGCCCAGAACACCUGCUGACAUCACAAUCGCCGUGACCAGCGGCGGUCACUUCUUCAACAGAAACUCAAUGUCUCCUCGCAGCGUCGUCUGUGAGAUGGAGCUGCCGGACAUCCAGGCUUCGCUCGACCUCUACGACGACAAUAAGUCCUGAGGCCUGUCGCCAUGGUUACGACCCCCCAGCACCAACACCAGUCCACCUGCUGAUGGACAGAUGGCCUUCUAUGGAUGCAGGGAGUCUCUGUUUUCUGCUGGGGGGUCUGAUAGGGACGAUCCAGGCAGACACUUAACCAUCAUCUAUUCCACCAGACUUUCUUCAGACUGAACCAAUCCUGGUUUCGAACCUGGUCUCAGUUUAGACCGGUUACACUCAUGUUUUUUUUUUCUUCCAGUAGACGAAAACUGGAGGAACCAGAGCUGGUUGCUGGAUCAUUCAAAACAAAUACCCCAGAGAACUGACCUCCAGAACCAAAACAUGAACUAUGAUCCUGUGGUCUAACUGGAGGUACUGUUACUGUUGUGUUCCAGAGCUUUUGGAAAAGUUCUAAAAUCCUUAAAAGUGCUCUUGUGUUCCUGGAAAACGGUUCCUGGAUUCCUUGAAUAGUUCCUGAUUUCCUCAAACGGUUCUGUCAAAGGUUCCUGGCAAACUAAAACAACUUGGGAAAACUUGUUGAGUUUCAUUCAAGAGUCUUAAGGGCGUCCUAAGUUUCUUAAGGUUCUAACUUCCGAACAAGGUUCCUGGGUUCCUAAAAGGCUUCCCCCAAAUUUUCUGAAUCAUAAAUAGGUUCCUUUAAUAGUUCCAGAGACCCGAGAAGAGUUUCCUGGGUUCCCACUGCAGUUUGUCAGUCUAUGAGGACAUUUUUAAAUUCCAUAAUGGUUUUCUGGAUGUGUUCCUGUGCUGCUAAAAAGGUUACCUCAAAUGUUUUGGAUCCUAAAGGGCUCUUUGGUGGUGGAUUUGCUCCUGAAAAAGUUUUUGAGAUCCAGAAAUGGUUCCUUGAAAAGUUUGUGAGUGCCUAAAAAGGUUCCUGUGGUCUGGAAAAGGUAUCUGAGGUCUCCUAGAAGUGUUGCAUGGCCCCUAGAAAUCCUAUAGGGUUUGUGGACAGUGUUUCUUAAAAAGUUCCCGAUUUGUUUAAAAGGUUCUUGCAUUACUCAAAAGGUGCCUGGGUUUCUGGAAAAGUUGAUGAGCUCAAAAGGUUCUGGAAAUAUUUCUGAAGUCUUAAAAAUGUUCUUGAGUUUUAAAGAAAAAAAACAAAAACAAGUUCCUAAAAAUGUUCUUGGAAAACCUCCUGAGUGCCUAGAAAGGUUCCUGGAAAGGUUCUGAACGUCUUACAGGGGUUUUUGUGUUCCUGAUGAAGUCUCUAAGCCCAUUAAAAAGGUUCCAUGGGAAGCA